AUGUCUAGCACAAUGCUAAUCUGUUCUCUUCACUCAGCUCUGCCCUCACCAACACCGCCAUGUUCCAAUUCCGGCAUUCAUCAACCGCACCUGAAGACGGGGUUAUUUGAGAUGCAGAGGAGGAGGAGGAGGAGGCAUCCUCUGAAGAUUUUCGCAUCAUGCGGUCGUGAUAACUACGAUGGUAAGCUUGUUGACGAAGACAUGAUUGUUCUUCGAAUGCGAAUUCACGACAUGAAGAUGGCGGCAGAGAUGCAAGAUGGUGAUCAUAAACCCCCAGCAAAUUGGAUGCAAUGGGAGAAGCGAUAUUAUGAUAAUUACAAUUCGGACAUCUUUGAAGCCGUGGGGUUAUUGCAAGCCCAUUUGAUGAACACAAGGCCUUGCGUGUUUCUGGGAAUGCUUGCUCUCAUUACACUCAGCGUCCCAAUUUCUACGGCUGCUUUGUUGGACAUUUUCAAGGGGAUCUUAUUAGCUCAUUAG